AUGUCUGGACUGAACGCAUCCCUCGGAUACUUCCUGGCUGCUGUCAUCUUUGCAGCCUCGGUUCGGACUCUCCUUAAAAAAUGGCCACGGUUUGGAUUCAUUUUGGAGUUUGCAUCCUCUUUCAUGCUGGUGGCGUGUUGGCUGGAGGUGCAGACCAUUGUGGAGGUGGGGGAGUGGGCCGGGGGCUUGGGGCCUGAUGUGACUUUAACCAUACUGUUUGUGGUGCUGCUGACCCACGGCAUGAUCUGCGGUGCUGCAUCAGGGAAUCCCACCCUGGUUGUGCUGAAGUUCCUGCAGCUGGAGGCCAACACUCUGCCAACUCUCCUUGCUGUUGCGGCCCAGUUUCUGGGGGCCCACCUUGCCCUCCUUGCAGCUGUGUACUACUGGAGUCUGGAGCUGACCGACAUGCACAUGAUCAAAAAUCUGAUGGUGAGAGAGUGCAGCACAUCCCUGCUGGUGUCUGUGCUUCAGGGUUUUUUCACCGAGUGUGUCUGCACGCUCAUCUUUCAUCUCAUCCAUCUGAACCUGCGGCGCAGAUCGGCUCUGAUCCGGGUGCCCCUGAUCGCCGUCCUCCUCACUUUCCUGUCCCAUACAGCCCGAGGCUACACCUCAGCUUACAUGAAUCCCUCCUUGUCCUAUGGCCUCACCUUCCACUGUCCUGGAUUUACCCUGACUCAGUACGCAGUAGUCUACUGGCUGGGCCCUCUCACUGGCAUGACUCUGGCUCUGCUCUUGUACAUGGGCCAUGUACCAAGGAUCUUUGCGAAGAACCUACUGUAUCUUCAGAAGACACGUUUCCGAGUGCCAAAGGGGGAGAAAGGAGAAAAGAAGAAAUAG